AGUACAUACUUUCAAAUUUAUGAAUUUAUAACAGACCAUACAAAACUGCCAAGACCUGAGCAUAGCUUUGUUGUGGCACAGACGUAGAUCACCAUCAUGCCCCCUACCACAGCUGAACGGGAAGUCAUCGAAAUUCCAGACUCUCCCACAGCUCAGUCUGAAGUCAUCGUAAUCUCAGAUGACGAAGUCACCGAGUUGUUGGAUUACCGGGCGAAGAAAAGGGAUCUUCCACGUAUUCCUCCAAUACAGCCAGCUUAUGAACCAAGAGAAGAUGGCAACCCGGAGUCUACGAAAUCGGAGUUAGUAGAUAUUAAUAGCCCUCAUGACGCUCUGAUGGUGUCUCUAGGAACGGCUAUGUCUUUGCAAAGCUUCUCGUCAGGUCAGGGACAUCCUGCAGGCGAGGAUUCCUGCUAUGAAGUGUUAGAUAGAAUAUUGGGAGAGAUUUAUCAAGAAAUAGAGAAGGAUCAAGCUUCACAAACAUCGCAGGCCCUCCGAGAUGCCCAAUCCCAACUUCAACCUAAAUUAACCAGCACCACACACCAUAUUUACUCCCUGCAGAGCCUGGAACAUCUCCAGCAGGGCGGGGCUUUUGCUUCAUCCAUUGCUAUUAUUCACCAUGUCGCCAAAAAAACACGCCCACAAACAUUCUUGCAGGGGAAGAGUAUCAUACAAACUCCAGAAAGGGCAGUGCCGAGAUACAAUUACUACGUCGAAAUAGAUCGGAGUCGACUGGCGAACAACACACGACUGCCGCCUGAACCGGCUGUCCUAGACAAGAAUUCUAACUCAGAAGCAGAUGUGGAAGCUGCUCUUCUCAAGUCGAUGCUAUCGUGUGCCAAACUUGCUAAUCAAAGCCGAGGAAGAGAAAAGCUCUCGAGUAUUAGGGAAUAUUUACCACAAAUAAGGUCGGCCUACCAGGAUUGCAGGAAUUAUCUUGAGAAAGAGGGCCUGUAUGAAACCUUCGCCCAUAAAGAUGCGAAUCAUCCAAGUUAUCAUGUUGAAAAGGCAUUUGGAAUACCAUUGGGAUCAUUUUUUGACCUUGAAACCCACGCAGCCAAACUACUGAAAAGCCCCACAGUUUCUCUAGAUCCACUAGCAAAGACGUUGGAAAGAUACUCUCGAGAAAGUUGCUUAAUUUGUUCUGCCCAUCAGUGCCACAUCCAUGGGAAAUUUGAUGAAAACGACAGCGACGUGAAUGACAGCGACUACACAACGGACGAAGAAAAUCCGAGUAACCGGUCUAGCACUAUGUACCAGCCCUAUAGCAUGCCACAUACACGCAUGCGGGCUUAUUAUAGAGGAGCAAACUCCAGCGAAAACGAAAGUGAAGAUGACAGCGAUUUUAGCGAACAAAGCCGACGGUACUAUUGUUCCGCGUCAUGCCGCCUGAACCCAUACAAUGCAGAAUUGGUCAGCGAAGGAAACUGGACGAAAGAAGACCACGAAUCUAUGCAGGUCCUCGCUGCUUCUCCAGAAACACGCAAAAUCCGGAGGGCAUCUUGCUUAAUGGCACCCAUGUUGGGCAAGCCAUGCUCAGAAGUUUAUUGUCAUCUUAAGAAGCUGAGUAACCAGGGCAUUGAACUCGACGAUAUGGUAAAUGGUGACGGUAGAAGAUCCAAGAAAUUUGAUUGGCGUGACUUGGAGGUAGAGCAUAAGCAUGACGAGCGUCCUCAGCCUAGGCCAUGUCACCACCCAGGGCAAAAUUGCUUCGUUGCUGGGGAGAAGUGCACCUGCGUGAGCAACAAGAUUUGUUGUGAUAAAUUCUGCACAUGCCCACAGAGCUGCGAUGCACGAUACCGCGGAUGCACCUGUACCGAACCAUGCAUCCUCCAAAAAUGCCUCUGCUACAAGCUCAACCGAGAAUGCGACCCGGAUCUCUGCCACGGAUGCAACGCCGCCGAAUCAGUCAGAUCUCAAGGUCCAAUCUCGAAUACCAAUUGCCACAACUGCGAAAUCCAACGCGGCCAGGGGAAGAAGGUUGUGGUGGGAGAGAGCUCUAUCGAGGGUAUUGGGAAUGGGUUAUACUUGGCCGAGCCUGUUCAAGAGGGCGAUUUCAUUGCCGAGUAUGUCGGAGAGAUUAUUGACGAAGCCGAGGUUGACCGGAGAGAUGCCCUUGUGCAAAGGGUAGGAAAUUCAUACAACUUUGCUUUAAACGCGGAAGUGACUAUAGACGCUAUGUGGUUUGGCAAUGCUACUCGUUUUAUUAACCACUCUGAAGUACGCAAAAAUUGCCGGGCUAAAGUCCUGCUAGUCAAUUCUGAGCACCGCAUUGGGUUUUAUGCAGCCAAAAGCAUGGAGGCAGGAGAGGAGUUGUUUUUUGACUAUGGCAAAGAGUUCAAAGGCAUCGAGAAGUUGAAGGAGGGUGUUGCGUCUUCUAAAGCUGAGAGGAAGUCGGCAAAGCAACAGAGAAAGGAACCUCUAGAGAACACGAUCGAAAAUGGGGACGACGAACCAGAUGAUGUAUUUGGGGAUUAUGCGGAAUGGUUUGCAACAAUGACCAAAGGGAAACGCGCGAGCGAUGAUGACGAAGAUUAUAUCGACCGAGGCUCCCAACAAGGGCCCAAGCGAGCACGACCUGCCUUGAGGAAUACGCGUGGGCGCGGAUAGGAUGCGUUGGAUAGGCUGAACGACAAGUGGUGGUUUUGAAGGAUUCAGCCUCAAAGCCACGUCAACUGCAGUUUAGCACGUACCACAGAACAAUGGCAGGAGACCAACAUUCGGGAGAGAGACGUGGAGUUUGUGGUUCGUGGUUUCGGGCAAAUGGCGAUGGGGCUGGAGAGUUGUCUAUAUUUAGAUUGGUUUGGGG